ACACGAAGUACACUUGCGUCUGUUUCUGAGGAGAAUCUUUUCCCCUGCACCAGGAGAAAAAUAAGAAGGAGUCAGGAUGAAACUGUUUGUGUUCUUGACGAGCCUGCUGGUCACGACCUUUGCCGCCCCUGCACCAGGCAGUGAAAGUGGUGAGGUUGCAGCACAUGCUAAUGAGGCCCUGAGGUUGAUGGAGAUGUACAGGAUGUACCAGCAGCAGGGACUUUUUGGGAACCCCUUCCUUCCUGCGGCUGAUGCUCCUGCUGAUCCAGCAGCUGUUGCAACACUGGCAGCGCAGCCAGCUCCCGCUGCUGCAGGAGAAAACUCAGACGAGGAGGCGGAGGAGGGGAACGCUGGUCCCAAAAUUCCAGUUCUAGGUGCUCCGGCGGCAGCCCCAUUGAACUCUGAUGAGGAAGAGGAGGCUGGAGAGGUGGAGGCAGCUGAGGCUGAGCCUGCAGCUGAGCCUGAGCCUGCAGCUGAGCCUGAGCCUGCAGCUGAGCCUGCAGCAGCUGACCCUGCAGCAGCUGACCCUGCAGCAGACCUUGCAGCAGCAGACCCUGCUGUGGUUGACGUCGCUGUGGUUGACGUCGCUGUGGACGCUGCACCGGUUGAUGUUGUUGUGGAUAUGGCUCCCGUUGAUGUUGUUCCCGUUGACAUCCUACCUGCAGACCCUGAAUUCGGAGUGGAUGUCCCGGUUGCAGCUGAUGUCCUAGCUGCUGAUUUCCCAGCUGCUGAUGUCACAGUUGUGGCUGCAGAAACUGACCUGGCAGGAUUAGAAAUUGCUCAUCUGUAGUUAUCCUCCUUCAUACCUGCCUAAAGACUCCCGUCUUUGCAGUUGUACCUGGAGACAGCCAUGUUCGAUGUUGUUGAGGUAUACUAGAGAAAGACUAGGUAAAAAAUGUGAUAAAGAAUUAAAAAAGCUAGUAAAACAACCACUGUGUUUUUUGCCCAGAAUAAGACCAAAUGUUCAUAUGGGUAGUGGUUUUUUUUUUCCUGUUUUCAAUCUUUUUUUUUUUUCCGAUCUUAAAACAUUGUUAAGUAUAAUGCAAAAGGUUAAAUUGUGUGUUUUUGUUUUGUUUUGUAAAUCCAGAUCUUGGUGUGUGAUCAUAAUAAAAAUGCAUCUUCCUGGA